GAGUGUGGAAAGAAAUUCAGUCUGAGUGGCAAUCUUCAACUGCAUUUAAGAACACACACAGGGGAGAAACCUUUUGAAUGCUCAGAGUGUGGAAAGAGAUUCACUCAGAAUGGCAAUCUUCAACAGCAUCAAAGAACCCACACAGGGGAGAAACCUUUUGACUGCUCAGAGUGUGGAAAGAGAUUUCGUUUUAGUGGCGAUCUUCAAAAGCAUCUAAGAACCCACACAGGGGAGAAACCUUUUGAAUGCUCAGAGUGUGGAAAGAGAUUUCGUUUUAGUGGCGAUCUUCAAAAGCAUUUAAGACAUCACACAGGGGAAAAACCUUUUGCAUGCUCAGAGUGUGGAAAGAGAUUCAGUCAGACUGGUGGUCUUCGAAAGCAUUUAAGUGCCCACACAGGGGAGAAACCUUUUGCAUGUUCAGUGUGUGGAAAGAGAUUCACUCAGAAUGGCAAUCUUCAACAACAUCAAAGAACCCACACAGGGGAGAAACCUUUUGAAUGCUCAGAGUGUGGAAAGAGAUUCAGUCAGAUUAGCCAUCUUCAUAGACAUCAAGGAACCCACACAGGGGAGAAACCUUUUGAAUGCUCAGAGUGUGGAAAGAGAUUCAGUCAGAAUGGCCAUCUUCAACAGCAUCAAAGAACUCACACUGGGGAGAAACCUUUUGACUGCUCAGAGUGUGGAAAGAGAUUUCGUUUUAGUGGCGAUCUUCAAAAGCAUUUAAGAACCCACAUUGGAGAUACCUUUUGA